AUGUAUCUCCGCUCCUUAACCCGUGCAGCUCGUGCUUCCACCAGCACCUCGACAGCAUGCACGCGAAUCACGUCUCCCUCGAUUCGAUGCUUCCAAUCCUCUGCGCGGUCCCUGGCUCCCACUUUUGCAGCUACCCAACAGCUCCCUCCCAUGACUAGCCAGUCCCAGAUGCGAUCGGCCCAUGCCAUCUCCAACCCUACGCUCGCUGGAAUUGAAAAGAGAUGGGAAGCAAUGCCUCCACAAGAGCAGGCCGAGCUAUGGAUGCAACUGAGAGAUCGUAUGAAGGUUGAUUGGAACGAGAUGACUUUGCAGGAAAAGAAAGCUGCAUGGUGGAUUGCAUUUGGACCUCACGGACCUCGUGCAGAGGUGCCCCCGGGCGAAUGGACCAAAGUCUGGCUUUAUACGGCAGUUGGCAUUGGAAUUUCGCUGGCUACAUUCAUGCUCAUCCACGGCAUGGCAAGACCCCCUCCACGAACCAUGACCAAAGAAUGGCAAGAAGCUACCAAUGAAUAUCUCAAGUCCGAGAAGAGCAACCCUAUGUAUGGUAUCAGCAGUGAAGGAUAUUCUGGUCCAGGCCACGUUCAAAGCAAGUCUGCUAAGGCUCAGGGCAUCAAGCUUGAACCGGACGAGUAA